UGGCCGUCUGACGCUGCUGCUCUCUUCUGCCAUGGUGAAUUGAGUAAACUCUCAUUACGCCUUCACGCGGCGCAUUUAAGGGCGAGGAGAGGGGCUCAUUUGAUUGGUGUGAUGUGUGUAAAACCCACUCCACGCUUUCUCUCCUCCAUCUUCCCUCCGUCCCUCCUACCGGGUAGGAGGGACGGAGGUGGGAAAGAGGAGUAGCUGCGCCAGGGCGCACGGUGUGCCAAACUUACAAAAUCCGCCUGGCCACACCCAGUUGGCGAAGCGCAGGCGUUUACGUACUCCAGAGAUCACCUUUACAUUGUAAUUUUUAUAGUGAAACCACCACGCACAGAGAUAAUGGUUUAACCGAUCUCCUCACCUGCAGUUUUUUGGAUUUAAGCUUUAUUUUAUACAGUCUAUGAUCUAAGCAAAGCAAGCAUAGCAACAACAUGGCUAACGGUGCAGUCCUGUGUCUCCUUUUUGUGUCGGGGUUCUGUCAGAAAGGUCUAGCAGCUGUGAUAGAGACUCAGCAGACUGUGAUGGCAGUAGUGGGAGGCAAAGCCUGCUUAAACUGUCAGCUGAUGCAACCUAAAGAUGUUCGUCAAGUGUCGUGGCAGAAAGUUUUACCUGAGGGGGAGAAGAAUCUUGCAUCUUACAACAAAUACUUUGGUCAGAAAGUGAAUGAUGGUUUUCAGGAUAAGGUGGAGUUUAAAGAUGCUGGACUGCAGAACUGUUCCAUAGUUAUCAGGAGGGUGACGGAGGAAGAUGAAGGAUGCUAUCGGUGUCUGUAUAGCACCUACCCUGACGGAGCUCUCAUAGCUAGAACAUGCCUCCAACUCUAUGAGCUGCAUGAACCCGUUCUACAUGUCAGAGAAUCAAACUCUUCUGAAGAGGCAGUUGUGUCCUGCUCGGCCACAGGUCGACCUGCUCCCACAGUAACACUGACUGUCCCUCACUACAACUCUACCAGUGUCACCAACACCAACGCUACAGUCACUGUCACCGCUACAGCCGUGCUGCCUCGUCUCCAUGGCAACAGCACACAGGUUGGAUGUGCAGUGCGAGUGCUCUCUGGUCCUCAGAUAGAGGUGUUUACCAUGAUUCCUGAGGUCACACUGUCGUCUGCUGAUGAUGUCACUUUGAUCAUUGUGUUGGUCGUGGUCAUGUCCUUUGUUUGUGUUGCUAUCAUUAUCGCCGGCCUACUUAUUCAAAAACAUCGCAACUGUGUGUCACACAGAGACUCUGAGAAGAACAAGACACCACAAAAAACAACCAAAGACACUGAAGAGUCCAAAACACCUUUACUGAAUCAAGAGAACGAGGUGCGGCAACGGAUGUCCACUGGGAAAAAGAAAGAAAAUGUCUCCCCAAAAGAAUCAUCUCUGAGAGCAGGGUGUCAGCGACAACUGAGUCAGCAGUUCACCGACACACAAUGACCCCUGCCUCAAAGCCUAAAAUCGUGUAUAAGAUGAAUGUUUGAGUACAACACAGAGAACAUGUCUGUCCCAGUUAAAAGAUAAUGGCCCUCAUUUAUCAGUCUAUUAUACAAAUCAGUGCAAAUCCAAGGACAGAAAUCAUCUGAUAGGGUGUGCUUGUAAUUCAAGAAACGUUCUUAUCUCGCCAAUCACAGCAUAGGAAUGAUCAGGUGUUGACAUGGCAGCUAAAGACAAUCGCCAAAAGAAAAUCAUCACUCCAGUCAGCAACUCAAUGGACAACUGAACUCGAUGUGGGAAUAUUUAAUUCAUGCAUCCAUUAUAUUUCAGUCUUCAUAUAUACGUUAAUAUGAAAUAUGAAGUGACAAACACCGCACUGGAUAUAGUCUAAUAACAUUUUUCCUCAGUUAGAUCUACUAAAACUGCGUACAGGAAUAGAGACUUGAUGUGAGAUCUGACCGAGGCCUCCACCGGUCUGUCAGCUACUUAAAUUUACACGACCAUCAGAAGCAUAUCUACUGUAGUAACGGCUCUUAUGUAAAAAGUCAAGAACAGCCAUGCUUGCAAUUAUUACUUUUAAAUGCUGUUUUCUAGCGAUCUUGAUCUAAUAAUUUUGUUUUCUUCAGAAAUGAGCUUCGUUGUUAUAACAGCAUUACAAAAUAAUUGGAAGCACAGCUGUUUCCAGCUUCUACAGAGGAGUCUUGUGUUAAAGGUACAUUCAAUAAAAUUACAAAUGUGCCAUUAAAACAUCAAAUUUAAAUUAAUUUUGUCUAAUAAGCAGCAUCGUGACUCAUUAAAGGGACUGUGGGGAUUGAAUAUGUGCACUAUUACUUUGGUAAAAUAUUUAACAAAAUAAGAGUACAACAGAGAGUCACUGAAACUUUUAAAAAUGAUUCAAUAGGUCUUAAAAACUUUUAACCCUCACAAUUUAUGAGAGGAUUUAGAGCCAGAUGAGCUGUGAAAAGAAACUGGCAAUUGAUUAAAAAUCAAUACUGGAAGUACAAAUAAUUAGGGUCUGGGCAGCUAAGCUGCCAGGACACUAUUGUAAUCCUAGGUAUUCUUCUUCUUUCUUUCUUCUUCCGAGGAAAUCAUAUUUCCCGUGGGAGAAAACUCACCAAACUUUGCACAAAGGUCCAGUCUCAUGCUAGAUAUCCUCAGCUGUAAAGUCAAGCCAAUAAUCCUGAUGGUGGCGCUACAGCAAGCGUCUAAAGUUCAAAACUUUGAAAAUUCAUAACAAAUCAACCAUACGUGCUACAACUUCACAACUUUCAUCAAACUGUAGCCCCAAUACUGAAGAAACUUUUGUACAUUUAAACCUAUUAAAAAUUAUGAAGUUCAUCACUCUGUUUUUUUCAAAAACUGUAAAACUUCUUAAACCUAUCUCCUCCCACAAUUUUUGCUCAAUUGACACCAAACUUGCUACAGAGCAUCUUCAGACUGUCCUACAAAAACUAUGUUUCUCAGAUUUUUGAUUUAUCAAAAAUUGAGCCUACAGUGCAUCAAAAUGUUUGACUGUAAACGGUACUGUAAACAUAUACAUGCAAAUUCUUGCUAAAUAAAUCUUCAAUGUUCAUGAAAAAAAUUACAAAAUUCUAUUCAUUCAAUUCAUGGUAGAUGAUGUUUGGCAAAUUUCAGAAUUGUAUCUCAAAAACUGAAUUUUUGACAGCAUUUUGAAUUUUGCUCAAAUGUGAACAAUUGGAGUCAAUGCAAAAAUGGCAAUUUUAAACAUCAGUUUUUCACUUAUGGAGCAAAUCAAUCAUUGCUACAAACAAAUUACCAACAUCUCCAUGCUGUCUAGAUGCAAUAUGUGUAUUUUCAGAUUUUUGUUUUGAUAACUGAAUUUUUUACAGUGGUUUGAAAUCUGCUUUUCCAUGCAUGGAUGGCUGCUAAACCUGCACGUCUGGCUUAGUCAAUUUGUGAAGCUACACAUGAAUUUUCACUGACUAAUUAGCUCAGUGAGAUAGAAAUUGAUCCUCAGUCUCAGAGGUUGUGAGUUCCAGCCUCAGCUGGUACAAAAGGCAGAUUGUGUUGCUAAAAUCCUAAAUGUCUUCCAAUUCUUCUGCUUGUUGCUCAGAAUUGCCUAAAAAUGCCCGCAUUCGACCCAUUGCUGCGCAGCAGCCAUAAUUUGUGAUGUAUUUCUUGCAGUUCAUUGAAUGUCUGUAGCAGAUUUUUAGCAGCACAAGCACAACAUGGCCACCAGAGGUCAUGCUUUCCUUCAGUUUACCUAAAGAAGAAUUAAGGUCUAAAACCCUACAAUUUAAAACUGAACUGAAAAUAAAACAUCUGUGUUUCUUUGGCUGGGAAAAUAAAUGCAGUCAAAAUGGUAAUUCUGCCACAAUCUGAGGGUGGUUUUGACCUGCCACACUCUAAAGUUUACUACUGGACGGCUCACUUAAGCAUCGUAUCAUGGUGGGAAAAGGGCCCAGCAGCUGACUCAAGUGGCUGCCCAGUAUGGCAAUCACUAGAGCGUGUUCUUUGCUUCUUGCCCUUCUUAACAGCCCCACCAAAACAUCUGUCUUGAAAGUGUGCAUAAAUGCUCCGUUAACUCUAGACGCAAUGUGAUACUAUUUAAAACAGUGCAUUGACUGUUCUACUCCAAAGACAGAUUGCAUUAGACUUUCCCUGUUUCCCCCCUUUGUAGAAGAUACAAAUAGGCAGAUGGGACAUCAAGACAUUCUCUUUGAACAUGUCAGGAAUUGUUUAUUUACUGGAAAAGUAUACUUGAAUGUUUCUCUAAUGCAUUUGAGGGGAACUGGGAACCUAACCCACUAGCUGCUGUCCUAGGGGCCAGCAGGAAGGAGAACAGCUUUUCCAAUCCUGAUAGGAGAGGAAGAUGGAAUGACAGGAGAUAAAUUAGGCACACCUGUGAGCGGGGGAAGGGGGAAAUCCAUCAACAAGCUGCAUGAAGGAGAAUGGAGAGGAGUUAGAGUGGUUCAAGGAGAGGAGAAUCAAAAUUUACUUCAGUUAUGGACAUUCUUUGCUCAAAAACCUCAAACGGAGAAACAUAAAAUUAAAAGUAGAGUGAGCAGUAGUUAAAUCAAGGAUCAUCUGGGCCACAUAAACGUUCUGGAUAACAAAGCUCCUUGAGGAAGUGUGCUGAUCCCAGAUGAGGUGGAAUGAAAGGACUCUUCAUCUAACUGUGUCACCUGUUUGGAUGCACCGGUGGACUUCUUUGCAGUGUCCGUCUGAUAAGUUCUCUUUUACUGCCCUCUCCUAGCUUCUCCCUUACUCACAGUACUUACUUCUGCAUUGAAUUGACGUUGCAACUAGGCGUAGACUCUGCGUCAACAUGGAGCCUUUGCUGUAAGUUGUGGCAACACAGACCUCCUGCCUAUUUUUGUAAGCUGAAAUCAUUUCCCUCAGUAGAAACGAAGCUUAAUUUCACAGAUAAGAAACAAUAAAUUGUGAAGACAA